UAUUAUUGAAUCGCUUCUUGAAUUCAUCAUAAAAAGCGGCUCCUUCAAUUUAUUCCAGCUGCUGGAAAAAAGAGAAGAGAAAGUAGAGGGACUUUGCCAUUGAAGGUGGACAUUGUUCUUCCAUUCACUGCUACACUCAUCUCCCCCAUCUCUGAGCAUAGCUAUAGCUCACAGCGUGCCUGGUAGCAUAGUAACCGAAGGGUGUGUAGCUAGAUACGUAGCUAUGGAAGCGAGUCUUGGCUUUCAAACUCGACCACUUGCAGCUGUCGUUGGAAAAGAAAAGUGCAGCGUCUCUACUGCUUCUGGUCUUUGGUCUAGUUCUGUUAACAACAGCAGUAGCAGCAGUGACAUGGCCUUUUCCAAUUCGCUUAGCUAUGCACUGGAGAACUCCUUAAAACUUUGGCAGCCAACCUAUAACGGGCCUCCUUCAUCAUCCCUGAAGGCUGACUGGACCUAUACUAGACAGAGCAACAACACUGAAAGCAGCUGCUUUGGGGCUGCACUGGACUACAGUUGGUCUCUGGAAUACUCGAAAGAAACAAGCAGCCCCUCCACUCUUAGCAUCAGCAGUGCUUCACGUACUCCCAGCCCAUCCAUAGCUGCUGCAACUUCUUCUCAUCCACCUCCAAGCUUUGGGACGCCAUCCUCCUCAUCGUCUACCGACGUAUACUCUCGUAAAGUUUUUGUGGGAGGUCUUCCCCCUGACAUUGAUGAAGAUGAGAUUCGUGAUCACUUUAUACAGUUUGGUGCCCUAACUGUUGACUGGCCUCACAAAGCUCAAUCAAAAGCUUACUUUCCACCUAAAGGUUAUGCCUUUAUCAUAUUUCAAGAGGAGUCCUCGGUCCACCAGCUCAUCAAGAUCUGUCAUCUGGACGAUGGAAAGCUCUACAUGUUUGUCUCAUCAGUGACACAGACCAACAAGAAGGUUCAGAUUCGCCCAUGGAAGCUCUCUGAUAGUAACUACAUCAUGGACCACACUCAACCCAUUGAUCCACGCAAGACGAUAUUCAUUGGAGGAGUACCACGCCCACUAAAAGCGGCUGAACUGGCUGACAUCUUUAACUCUCGCUACGGGAACGUGUGCUAUGCUGGCAUAGACUGUGAUCCUGACUUGAAGUAUCCCAAAGGAGCAGGAAGGGUGACCUUUUCCUCAAGAGUGAGCUUCAUGAGCGCUGUCUCUUGCAGAUUCUUCCAAGUCACUUACGGUGACAUUGAUAAGAAGGUUGAAGUCAAACCAUACGUCCUUGAUGAUCAAAUAUGUGACGAGUGUCGUGGUGUCAAUUGUGACGGACAGUUUGCUCCAUUCUUUUGUGGUAACAUCCACUGCCUUCGCUACUACUGUGAGCACUGCUGGAUCUCGGUCCAUUCUGCCCCGGGGACUCAAAACCAUCGCUGCUUCAUCAAGGAGAACGGAGACCGCCCACGCGCAAUCAACUUCUUUUCACACUUUCCCAAUCCAUCACCACGCCCUGUCGUUUAACUAAUCCUGAAGGAGAAACAGAUAAGAUCUUUUGAUUUUAUUUGCGUUGAGUAAUCCUCCUCGUCUUCCUUUCAAAAUUCCCUCUUCCUCUUAUUCUCAUACAAUUAUCUUUUAAUUUAUUAUUAUUAUUAUUAUUCUUAUUGCUGUCAUGUUUAAAAGAAAGGUGCGAGAGUUUGUCUGCUGUUUUUUCCUAUCAAUAUAAAAAAGUAUUUAAUUUUGUCUCUGUAAUAACUAACUCUCUUCGCCAAAACUUUGUUAUUUUCUCAUCAGUCUCUAUGAUUAUUAUUGAUAUAUUAUUGAUAUUAUUAUUUAAUUAUUGAUAUUAUUAUUAUUAUUGUUGUAGCAUCAGCAACAAGUACUUUAUAUUGCUAUCGUCAUACCUCAAAUUUCUCUCUCUCUCUUUCUUUCUGGUUAUAUUUUUAGUAGUUUUUGCUA